AUGGCUGUGGCUUUCAUUUCGCUGUGCUUAAUAGCGAGGCAGCGUAAGAGAAAGCUCCAGUCCGCUCAACGCAAUGCUUUGAAAUACCAAGCCAUAGUACAGACUGCGCAGGCCGAAGCACUUGAAUCGCAGCACAGGGCUGAGAAAUAUCAGACGGAGAAUGUUAGUCUGUCUGAGGCCCUGGAGCAGUUGCGAAGGCGUUAUGUCGAACUCGCUGAUAGUCACCACAGCUCUACUCGACCCAGUGCAUCAACAUCAACUAAGGAGUCACCGAAGCAUCUUCAGAUAGUGCCUCCAAUAAAUUGGCAGAAGCCUGACAACUCACCGCUCAGACAUGUAGAGCCAGUUUCGCCGGUAAGCUCCACGGCCUCAAGCGAAUACGAAGGCUAUUCCGAGAGCGCACCCCCAAGCGAUGGUUACUAUGGCUCUAAUGAACAGUCCUUCACUGCUCGAACAGAGACAGUGGUAGCAGGAAUCCGUGCUGGACAAGAUGGCUCUAAUCGCGUGUCCGACAAGCCACCUCAGAUUCCUCCCUAUUCUUUUCAAGGAAGUGGUCGGUGA